AUGUCCGACUUCAACCUCACCACCCUCACUAACGGCAAUGCUGGAAUCGCGCAGACUGGGGCCGUCACGACCAAGGCCUUCGUGCUAAAUUUGGCCACCGGUUUCGGGCUGUUUGUUUUCCAAUUAUCUGGCUUCUUCUUGCUCAAAAGCUCCAAGAUCGGACGUCGAAUAUACCAGCCAAAGACAUAUCUUGUACAAGACCGACUGCGAGUCGAGGCCGUUCCCGUCAACCCUCUGAAAUGGAUUACCCGCAUUUUCAAGAUCCAGGGCGAAGAGCUCAAGCUCAAAUGCGGGCUGGACGGCUACUUUGCGAUUCGCUUCCUUCGGGCCAUGAUCUUGAUCUUCGUCCCGCUCAUGGUCGUCAUUGUCACCAUUUUGCUGCCAAUAAAUUACAACGGCGGUAAGGAUGACAACACCUUCACCGUCGAAGGGCAAGCCACCAUCUACAACAUCACUGGACUCGAUACGCUAUCAUGGCAGAAUGUGGCGCCGACAAAUACAGAUCGAUACUGGGCGCAUUUGCUGUCUGCGCUCGGAGUGAUCGCUUGGACGCUUUAUCGCAUCUAUCGUGAGAAGCUGCAUUUCAUCGCCGUCCGACAGGAAUUUCUGACAUCACCCGAACAUCGACUCCGCGCUUCAGCCAGGACAUUGCUUGUGACCAACAUUCCAAGCGAAUACCGCAGCGACGAGGCCCUGAAAGCAUUGUUUGAUGUCUUUGUGGACAACGACGACCGCGAGCGACUUCGUGUGUGGGUGAACCGAGAUUAUGGGGAUCUGAGGAAAUUGGUCAAUCAGCGGAGGUCGGCUUGCCAUGCUCUGGAGAAGGAAGAACUGAAGAUGCUCCGACUCGUCAACAAGCGCUACCGGAAGGCCGACCGCAAUGGGAGUGACCCAACUGUCUCGCUGGUGCAAGAUGCAAACGGUGACUGGAAGACGGCCUCAUCAAUCAAGUUCUGGCAACGCAGCCACAAAAAGGUCCCCAAGAUUGCAUGGCUCCGAAAAGAAGUCGCUCGUCUGACUGUGCAAAUCGAUGCGUUGCAGCCAGAACUCGACAACGAAGCUCGAUUUAAGCUGCAAAAUUCUGCCUUCAUACAAUUCGACAGACAGAUGUCAGCCAAUAUGGCUUGCGCGCUGAUCACGCAUCACAAACCUGGCUUGAUGGCUCCAAGAUACAUGGACGUCGCGCCUCACGAGAUUGUUUGGGCCAACAUGGGUCUCACGAGCAUGCGCCGCUUCGUCAGGACCUGUAUCGCUCUGAUGCUGUUCAUCGCCAUGUUGAUCAUCUGGGCCAUACCAGCCACCUUUCUCGGUAUACUAUCCCAGCUGGACACGCUGCGGAAAACAACCAGCUAUCUGGCCUGGUUAAAACCCUGCCCGUCGUGGGUCAUAAGUUUGAUCUCAGGUCCCCUCACAGCCAUCCUCCUCGCCCUGCUCGUUCAGCUGGUUGUGCCGGCACUGUGCCGAAAGCUCGCGGUACUGGUCGGAGCACCGACCCGCAGUCGCCGAGAGAUUGUCACGCAAGCGUUCUACUUCACAUUCCUCCUCAUCGAAUUGGUCCUGGUCACGUCCAUCUCCUCUGGCUUGAUCGCAACUAUCUCGUCCAUUAUCAACAAUCCCACCUCCAUCGUGCAGAAACUGGCCAACGAACUCCCGAAAGCUUCGAAUUACUUCUUCAACUACCUCAUCAUUCAAGCCCUCGGUUAUAGCGGGAGUCUGCUUUUCCAGUACCUACGGCUUCUGUUCAUCACGCUCAUCUGGCCGUGGUUCACGCAAACGCCUCGACAGGAAGCCUUUCUUCAGACUACAAUUCCUCAUCAGAUGUGGGGCAACGUCUUUGCAGUCUGGACCAACUUUGCCGCCAUCGGGCUCAUCUACUCCAUCAUCAGCCCGCUCAUCCUUAUCUUCAUAUCCUGCCUCUUCAUGCUCUUUUGGGUCGCCUACCGCCACAAUUACUACUACGUCCAACGCAACAAAGUCGACACGCACGGCCUGCUCUUCGAGAACGCACUUUCUCAGCUUUUCGCCGGCGUGUACAUCAUGGAAAUCACGCUCAUCGGCCUCUUCUUCCUCGUCCGCAACAGCGCCGGAAACGUUGCCUGCUCCGCGCAAGCAAUCAUCAUGAUCGUCGCUAUUAUCCUGACUGCCGGGUUCCACUACACUAUCGAGCAGACCAUGCGGCCUUUGACGGAGCUCUUGCCUGUCACGCUGGAAGACAAAGCAGCC